AUGGGUUUGAUUCGACAAGGUGAAAUGAGUUUACAGAAGGAUACUCCACGAUUAUUAACAUUGGGAAAUAGAGGUAGUGAUUGUUAUGUGAAUGCAGCUUACAAUAUGGUACUGAAUACUCGAACAUUGAUCAAAUUCACCGAUGAAAUUGAUCGACUACUCAUUCACUUUCACAAGUCCGAUCAAACACAAGAUGUUUUUACCGCACUAAGACGUUUAAUUUCGUUUGGACGCAAUAAAAAUGCUGAUUCAUUAAUUAAAAUAACAACAUCAGAUGGUGAUUAUCGACAAGAAGAUCAAGGAUUCAUAAUGCUUAUUGGCCAUGGUAAUUUCAAAAAAAUUGUUGAUAAAAAUAAUGUUUUAGAUCUGAGAGAAAAAACUUUAAAACAAUUUGGACCCUUACCAAAAUUAAUUACAUCUAUGAAUCAACGAUUUGAUCAGUCUUUUAAUAGCAUUACAUAUCCAGUCACAUUUAUUACUAAUAAACGUCAAAAAUAUCACUUCAUAUCGGCCAUUGUUCAUAUGGGCACCAAGAAUGGAGGACAUUAUAUUGCUUUUAUCCGGAGAAAUAAAUAUGUUUACAUUUUGAACGAUAAUACUAUUGACGGCCGUUUUCAUCUCGAUUAUCUACGUCAGUUCUUAAAACAUGUUCAUGUUCAAACAAUUACCUAUGAACGUGAAGAUAUUGGUAAUGAUGUUCGUUUAUUCACGUAUCCUGAUCCACUAGAACUCAAUAACCAUUUAACUCGUGUCGAACUGGUUGACUAUUAUGCUGAGCGAAAAUUUGUUUUAUACGACGAUCGAUUCAAACGACGGCCCAAAACCGAUCCGAUAGCAUUUACGGAAAUAAAUUGCCCGUUGGGCUUGAAAUGGCGUACCAUCAAAGGUGUCUUUGAUUUAAUGGGAAAACGUUCGUCUUGGGACAGCAAUGCAGAUAAAAUAUUUUCCAGUCUUGGUUCAGUCAGAAGAAUUUUGGGACGACCAGCUCGAUGUUUCAACGGAGAUAAUGCACGAGGAAUAGACGAAGAUGAAGAAGCAGAAGUCGAUGUAGUGCGACGUAGAGAAUGCUGA